UGGCCGCCGGCUGAUCUUUGAGAGGAGAUUUUUUUUUUUUUUGUAAAUUCGUCUGAUGAGGAGCUGCAGCUGCAGAAAAAGAAGUCCUCUCCUCUUCUCUCCUCACUGCUGACAUGAACAAGGACCUCCUUAUACUCCCAAAGGACUUUCCUCAACUCAAAAAUGAUACAUUCAUGCAAGCAGCGCGAGGGGAGGAAACUGAACAUGUUCCAGUGUGGUGUAUGAGGCAGGCUGGAAGAUACCUUCCAGAGUUUCGUGAAUCCAGAGCGGGGAAGGACUUCUUUGAGACAUGUCGCUCACCGGAGGCCUGCUGUGAGCUGACUCUGCAGCCAUUAAGACGUUUUCCUUUUGAUGCUGCCAUCAUCUUUUCUGACAUCCUUGUUAUCCCUCAGGCCAUGGGUAUGGAUGUCCAAAUGGUGGCGGGUAAAGGGCCGACAUUCCCGGAGCCCUUGAAGGAGCCAGAAGACGUCCAGCGUCUGCAGACCAAAGUGGAUGUGGGAAAAGAACUGGGCUACGUCUUUAAAGCCAUCACGUUGACCAGACAUAAGCUAGAGGGCAAAGUACCGCUCAUAGGAUUCACCGGCGCUCCGUGGACUCUGAUGUCCUACAUGAUAGAAGGAGGCGGCUCCAGCACCCAUUCUAAAGCGAAGCGAUGGUUGUACCGGCACCCUGAGUCCAGCCACGUUCUGCUGAAGAUGCUGACGGACGUGAUAGUGGAGUAUCUGCUAGGACAGGUGGCUGCCGGAGCUCAGGCUCUGCAGGUAUUUGAGUCCCACGCUGGGAUUCUGGGACCGGUCGAGUUCAAAGAAUUCUCUCUGCCUUACCUAAGAGACAUCGCACAUCGCGUCAAAGACAAACUCAAAGAGGAACGACAGGACAUUCCAAUGAUUGUUUUUGCAAAGGAUGCUCACUAUGCUUUGGAAGAUUUGUCUCAGUCUCACUAUGAGGUGGUGGGGCUGGACUGGACCAUUGACCCGCAAACAGCACGUGAGCGCACAGGCGGGAAGGUCAGCCUGCAGGGAAACAUGGACCCUUGUGCUCUCUAUGCUCCUAAGGAGCGCAUCUCGGACAUUGUGAAGAAGAUGUUAGAGGGUUUUGGUACAAGGGGCUACAUCGCCAACCUGGGCCACGGCCUUUACCCUGACAUGGACCCAGAAAACGUGGGCGCCUUUGUCGAAGCCGUGCACGUCCACUCUCGACAGAUGAUCAAACAAAUAUAAAGAUGAAUGUCUUGACUCUUUGAAAAAAAUAUAUAUAUAUAUAGUAACCUUUUAAAUGGCAAUACUGGCAUAUUUUUAUAGAAGCAACCCUGUUAUUUCUAUUGAAAUGACAUAAAAAGGAAAUCACAAACUUUGGCUUGCCUUUUUAUGGUUUCAUAAGCAGUUGUGCUCAAAAUUUAAUUCACGCAUGUCUCAGAAAUCUUACAUAAUGCCUUCUCAUCCAGUGUAAAGCCUCAGCAUAAAUAAAAGUUUUGAGUUGAUUUUUGUCUGCAUAAAAUAUAACCUCGUCCUUGUAUGACAACAAACAGAUUUAAGUCGUGCACUAUCCAUUUAUUUUUCUAGAUAUUUAAAAAUUAAACUUGAUUUAUUAAACUUUUUAUGAGUAUUUGGAGACUUUUGCAGGUGUGUGUGUGUGGUGGCAGCAUUGUUUUUGGUUGGAGAUGCUAAAUAAUCACUGCAAAAAGUUGGGGAACUCUUUUUGUUAUCAAUGUUUAUCCAAAGUUAAAGUUGGUGUACCUUUAGUCACAUGUGCUCGAAAUGUUAUUUUAAACAAUAACACAGCAGCAAACAACUAUUUUCUUUGUAAUGAUUUAUUAGCUUGAUGGUGCCCCAUGCAGGAAAAAUUAGAUUUUCUGUCAUUCAUUCUCAAUCUGGCCGCAUGUACACGUUUUGUUCAUUUUUGUCCUGUUCUGCGAGUACAGAGACAGCAGCACUCACUCUUCACUGCUUUGCUAUUGAUAUUUUUUUUCAAGUUGACUGGUGGCAGCUACUUCCCAGAAAUUCUUCCAAAAACAUUUAGAUGAUGAAAAUUCCUCUAUGAAGAAGGUGAUCAGACUAGAACCCACAUACAUCUGGCUUUAAGACGAGGGGAGCUGUUAGACCUGUUAAACGGCUCCAACUGCCAACUCUUCUGCUUGACGUGGAGAAAGGAGGUGGGAAGCUUUGAUUAUAUCCUGAAUUGUGGAACUAGUGCGACAACUGGUGGCAGAAAAAAAGUUAACACCAUUACACUAAAACAAAACUCAAGAUUUUCAUGGUUUAGACGAGUGGUAGAUUAGGAACAGGUGUGUCACUGAGAUGAACUGCUGCUGCGCAGAAAUGCUCAAAAAUUGGGAAGUAUUUUAUGAUUAACAGCUGUUAGGUUCUAUGAUACAAAUAACAGCUACAAGUCUACACAACCCUACAGGAGUUUGUGAAUGUAGCUGAAGCAAUAUCCUUCUGUCUCUAAAAAAAUAUGUCUGGCUUUGAAGCUACACUUAGCUUGAAAUGAUCUUGUCAUUUCCAAAGCCUAGGUCUGAUGGUCACUGUCGCUUCACACAACUAAAUGUGUCUGGUUUUAAGGUGCUGUUAAAUAUCUUUACACCACUAUUUGCAGUUGUUUGCUGGAUCUCAAAAUAUUUCUGUAAACAUAUUUAAUUGAUGAACUUUAAAAUAAACCAUCAACUUACCAAUCGGGAUUUACUGUUCCCUUGACAACUUCCAUUUUGCUUUCAGUUGAGGUCUUGUUUUGCAUCAUAACCAGUCUGCUGGCUGCAUGUGAAGACAAAGAUUUAGUAAAAAGAUUACAUAAAAAGCUUCUUUUUUUCACAGUUUGAUUUGAAAUCAAAUUGUCAACAUUACUGCUGUAAUCGUAAUGGAAACGAGAAAAAGAAAUCAGUUUAAUCCAAAAUUGUGUUUUUCUGUGGGCCAGCUAAGCACGCGGGAUAAGCCGGUUCUCAUAAAUCCGAUUGUUGUUUUCUGGUGGAUUCCAGUGGGAAAAAAAAAAAAAAAAAAUCAUGUAACCAGAUGGUUCUGCCUGGUCACCGGGGGCACCACAUUAGUGUGAGGCUUU